CACCCGCAGCUGACCCUAACCUUAACCCCGCCCGGCGGGCCCAGGCGCGGGCGGGACAUCGGCCCUAAGUAGACCCUCGGGGCGGUCACCGCGAUGGGCCCGGAAAGAGCUGCCCAGAGCAGGUCCCCCGAGGUCGCGCCGCCGACGUUCACGCUCGUGGCCCCCGCGCUCUUCCUCGGAAACGCGCGCGCCGCGGGCGCCACGGAACUGCUGCAGCGCUCGGGCAUCACGUUAUGUGUCAACGUCUCCCGCCUGCAGCCCGGCCCAAGCGCGCCCGGAGUGGCCGAGCUGCGGGUGCCCGUUUUCGACGACCCGCACGAGGACCUGCUGGUGCAUCUGGAACCCACCUGUGCCGCCAUGGAGGCCGCGGUGCGCGCCGGUGGCGCCUGCCUGGUCUACUGCAAGAACGGUCGCAGCCGCUCAGCCGCGGUCUGCACUGCCUACCUCAUGCGAUACCGCGGCCUCUCCCUGGAACGGGCCUUUCAGACUGUCAAGAUCGCCCGCCCGGUAGCCGAACCCAAUCCGGGUUUCUGGUGUCAGCUCGAGAAGUACGAGCAGAUCAUCCAGGCCCAGGCCCGCCAGGCCCACGAGGCACACCAGGCCCGCGAGGCACACCAGGCCCACCAGGCCCACGAGGCCCACCAGGCCCGCGAGGCACACCAGGCCCGCGAGGUCCACCAGGCACACCAGGCCCGCGAGGCACACCAGGCCCGCGAGGUCCACCAGGCACACCAGCCCCGCCAGCCCCGCCAGGCCCGGGAGCCCGCUGACCCCGGAAGCGCGCGACAUGGACCCCAGCCAGCCGCGCGGUAGCCUUCUCCUGAAGCCGGGCGGGAAGGGCGUUUGCUAACGAGAGGCGGGACGUGCCCUGGUCACCGCCGCGGCCGGGCUCCACUUCCCCCAAGCCGCGUCUUCCUGAAGUGCAGUUCAAAGGAGGGGACUGGGAAGCCGCUGCCAAGACCGACCAUCUCUUCCUCUCACCCUUGGUCAGCUUCGUUUGUUCGUAGAUUUUGGUCAAAUCUAAACCAGAGGUGGGGACGGGGACCGGGUCCCAGCUGCCAGAACUCCUCCUGCCCUUUCCCAGGGCUGAACGCAGGACCCACAGCUGAGGGCAUGCGCUGCUCAGGCCUGCUGGAGCCUCAGUGCUUAGGGAGGCUGGACUUGCUGGAGCCUCAGUGCUUAGGGAGGCUGGAUAAGCCUCCUCCGCCUGUCAAGGUGGCGCCUGACCCAGCAGCAGGCAGCCCUCUGCGGCCUCCUUGUGGAGGAUGGACUUCCUAGUUCAGAUAGGCCAUCUGAUGUUCUUUGGCCUUUAAACUCCUAGGAAAUUAGUCACAGUCCACACUCCUUAAAUAAGAUAGUGGGGAAGGAGAACAGCACUCGGUGAUUCCAUGAAUUACAGAUACUGCAGUCUUUGGCUAAUAUGUAUAAA